GGCGGCAACACAAGGCUGUAUGUGGGUCGUCUUUCCUCGCGUACCCGGACCCGGGACCUUGAAGACCUUUUUGGGAGAUAUGGGAGGUUUUGGGGGCUUUCCCAACCUCGGUGUCCAUGGUGGGAGGGUGCCCUUCGUGGAAUUGGUGGCUGUUCUUUCUAGCAGACUUUGGCGAUUCUUUUGAUAAAUUAUCUUGAUGUUUUAAUGGAAAUCACAAUCAUGACUGGUGUUUAGUUCCUUCUGACUGGUGAUACAUUUCUCUACUUGCAUCUUGAUGGCGUUACUCUUUGUCGAUGCAAUUUCCGCAGAGUGCGAUAUGUGGAUAUGAAGCAUGAGUUCGCUUUUGUUGAGUUUAGUGAUCCUCGGGAUGCUGAUGAUGCAAGGUACAACCUUGAUGGUCGGGAGUUUGAUGGAAGCCGCAUGAUUGUUGAGUUUGCUAAAGGGGUUCCACGUGGACCUGGAGGAUCACGUGAAUAUAUGGGCAGAGGACCACCACCUGGUUCUGGCCGCUGCUUUAACUGUGGGAUUGAUGGGCACUGGGCCCGUGACUGCAAAGCCGGAGACUGGAAAAAUAGAUGCUAUCGCUGUGGAGACAGGGGCCAUAUAGAAAGGGACUGCCGAAACAGCCCAAAAAAUCUCAGUGGGCGUGGAAGAAGCUACUCAAGAUCCCCAAGCCCUCGUCGUGGAAGGAGCCGUGAUAGGAGCUACAGCAGGAGCCCUAGCAGGAGCUACAGUCGCUCCCAGUCUCCAAGGAGGGGUGGCCGUGAUGAAAGGAGAUCAAAGAGCCCUCGUGACAACCGCAGCCCUAGGGGAAGCCCCCGCGACAGCCGCAGCCCUAGGGGAAGCCCUCAUGACAGUCGCAGCCCUAGAGGGAGCCCUCGUGACAACCAGAGCCCUAGGGGAAGCCCUCGUGAUAGCCGCAGCCCUAGGAGAAGUGCUUCACCACCCAAGGGGAGGAACCGCAGUCCUACCCCUAACGCCAGCAGGAGUCCUGCACCAAGGGAGUACAGCAGGAGCCCAAUGAGAGCUGACAGCCGUAGCCCAGUUGAUAAUGAGCGCCGGGAGAUCAGUCCAGCUGCCAAUGGCCGGAGCCCAAGCCCCAGGGAUUAUGAAGGCAAUGGCAACCAUAAGGCUUCACCUAGAGGAAGUGCAUCACCUUGAAUGAGAAUGUUAGGAGAGUUGAUCGGAGUCUUAUGUUUAUGAAUCAAUUUAAACCUGCCAAAGAUUUAGUCGUCUCAAUGAAUUUGAGAUUUGAGUGGAUUUGUAUCCUUUCUGUUAUUGACACCUUUUUAUAUCGUCCCUUUCAUUAGUUGAUAGACCAUGCCAUCUAUUGGUUGUACUUUUAAGGGCAUAAAAUGGAAUUUGCGUGCUAACGCGAUUUCUGGGACAGUC